AUUUGAACAUGGAAUUCAACCCAUCAGAUCAUCCACGGGCCAGUACGAUAUUUCUCAGUAAAUCUCAAACAGAUGGAAAAUUAUUGAGAGAAAAACGCAAGAGUCUCUAUAUAAACCACCAUCCUCCUGGGCAGUUGAGAAGGAAGUACAGUUCCUGCUCCACUAUUUUCCUGGAUGACAGCACAGUCAGUCAACCAAACCUCAAGUAUACCAUCAAAUGUGUAGCUCUUGCAAUAUAUUACCACAUCAAAAACAGGGACGCAGACGGAAGAAUGCUCUUAGAUAUUUUUGAUGAAAACCUUCAUCCCCUUUCGAAAACCGAAGUGCCACCAGAUUAUGACAAACAUGACCCGGAGCAGAAACAGAUUUACCGCUUUGUUCGGACGUUGUUCAGUGCUGCUCAACUGACUGCUGAAUGUGCCAUUGUCACCCUGGUAUAUCUUGAAAGACUAUUAACGUAUGCAGAGAUAGAUAUUUGUCCAGCAAACUGGAAACGAAUUGUACUGGGUGCAAUUCUACUGGCAUCCAAAGUCUGGGACGACCAAGCAGUGUGGAAUGUGGAUUACUGCCAGAUCCUGAAGGAUAUCACGGUCGAAGACAUGAACGAGCUGGAACGCCAGUUUCUUGAGCUGUUGCAGUUCAAUAUUAACGUUCCCUCCAGUGUUUAUGCCAAGUAUUAUUUUGAUUUGCGUUCCCUGGCAGAAGCAAAUAACCUGAGUUUUCCUCUGGAGCCCCUCAGCAGGGACAGAGCAUAUAAACUUGAGGCCAUUUCCCGCUUGUGUGAAGAUAAAUAUAAGGACUUCAGGAAAUCCGCAAAGAAACGUUUAGAAAGAUACGGUUAAACAGUUCUCAGUUCCCUGAAAUCCUUUCUUUGUGACUGUCACUGAAAUGAAUGGCAACAGACGUCCCUGAUUUAUGCACUACUGUGGUAAACCAUACAGAUUCCAUAUUUGUUUUAUUAAGCCCUAUGGGCUUGUAGCAAACCUAGGGGCCCAGAGAUGCACACGUUAACUCCAGUGCAACGCUAAUCAGGUGCCUCCAGAUGGAGAGGCGCUGACAGGAUUGAAGUGGUAAUACCAAACAAUUUUCUGCUAACUUUCUAAUGUGAUUUGUGCAGUUUGAGACAUGAAGGCUUUGUCCGUAAAUUCUCCUGAUGUCUUUUGGGCCUUUAAAAUAAUCUAAUGCUCAUCAUUUAUUCUUGUGCCAACACAUUAGAACUGUGAGUACCCCAGUCCAUUUUUCCCUUGAACGUGGAAUGUAAGGAAAGUCUUUAUAACAGUAAAAAUGCAAUUCGGAGCAUUUGAAACCUCCUUGCAGAUAGUAUCAAAAGGAACAUUUUCAAAGCAUUUGAAAUUUAUCCUUUGUAAGCAUAAAUUUAGGCUUUAAAAAUAUGUAAAAUAUUUUGAUUUAUCAACACUUUGCUAAACUAUUUUCUGUUUAACUUGAUAUCUGGAAUAUUGGUUUUAUCCAUUUCUGGGUGAUAGAGAUAUGAACUUUGGAUUAUGUAAAGAUCUCAAUGCAUCUGCUAUAAUUUUUGUGAAGUUUAUUAAACUACUUUAAAGAUUGUAUAGUCUAUUUAUUGUAUGUAUGUACAUACAGUCUGAUACUUUAAAAAGUGGAUUCCGUAAAACCUGGCUCAGUCUUGUUUAGACUAUUGAAUAUCAUUUUAGCCUUGUGCACUGGACUCUACCUCUGUAUAGGAGAAUUUUCCAUAUUCUUAAUUAGUACUGAUUCUGUGAUUAACUUGGUUAUGUUUCUUGCACUAAGAAUUAAAAAAAAAUCUGCUGUAAGUGUGGAUUUUUCUUUAGUUUCAGUUUUGCCAUAUGAAUCCUCUGCAUUUAGAUGGACAUUUCUUUCCCUCAUGGUUAUAGAAUAAUUCUUUGCUUUUUCUUCCGGUUUGUUCCAAGUUUGCCAAAAAAAUAUAGUACCUGUCAGUAAAUCUGAACGAGUGUCUUUUGUUUGCAAGGUAUUCAAUACCAUGUAAUUAAAAUUGAUUAUUAUUUAGGAUUA